AUGAGUGGUCGCGGGAAAACCGGAGGCAAAGCCAGAGCUAAGGCCAAGACCCGCUCAUCCCGUGCCGGGCUUCAGUUCCCCGUGGGUCGUGUCCACAGACUGCUGCGCAAAGGCAACUAUGCGGAGCGUGUGGGAGCCGGCGCCCCAGUUUACCUGGCAGCUGUGCUCGAGUACCUGACCGCUGAGAUCCUGGAGCUGGCUGGCAACGCAGCCCGCGACAACAAGAAGACUCGUAUCAUCCCACGUCACCUGCAGCUGGCUGUGCGCAACGACGAGGAGCUCAACAAGCUGUUGGGGGGAGUCACCAUCGCUCAGGGUGGUGUGCUGCCCAACAUCCAGGCUGUGCUGCUGCCCAAGAAGACCGAGAAGCCCGUCAAGGCCAAGGUAAAAGAACCUGUGAAAAUGAGUGGUCGCGGAAAGACCGGAGGCAAAGCCAGAGCUAAGGCUAAGACCCGCUCAUCCCGUGCCGGGCUUCAGUUCCCCGUGGGUCGUGUCCACAGACUGCUGCGCAAAGGUAACUAUGCGGAGCGUGUGGGAGCCGGCGCCCCCGUUUACUUGGCAGCUGUGCUCGAGUACCUGACCGCUGAGAUCCUGGAGCUGGCUGGCAACGCAGCCCGCGAUAACAAGAAGACUCGUAUCAUCCCACGUCACCUGCAGCUGGCUGUGCGCAACGACGAGGAGCUCAACAAGCUGCUGGGGGGAGUCACCAUCGCUCAGGGUGGUGUGCUGCCCAACAUCCAGGCUGUGCUGCUGCCCAAGAAGACCGAGAAGCCCGUCAAGGCCAAGUAA